ACAUAGCGCGGGAGGCAUGAAAUUAAAGAAAAACAGAAAAAGAAAUCUGGUUUUAAUGCGUUUGGCGUCAGGGUGACGUCACUAACGACACUGCUUUAAUGGUCAGACAUCUGACAGACUAUUUAUUUCACCAAUCGCGUCUUCACAUUUCGUCCAAUCAGAGAAAGUAACAAAGAAAAAAGCCCGCCUCAAAGAUGGGUGUUUUAAAAAGAACGUCAUCAGCGUCAUACAUUUAGCAUUAGCCACAGUUAGCUCUGUGGCUCAACGCUGCAGUGUUUUUCUUCUGUUUCCACGCCGCAGUCAUGUUCAUUAAUCCGUUACAGUGAAGUCUAACUGACCUACACAUGUACACACCAGUCCAACCUCGGUGCUGAGAAAAGAGGUGACGGUUAAAAAAUGCUGGCGAAGCGGAGUCUCGGCUAAGUGACGAGCAGCGGCCGAGAAACCAAAGAGGCUAAAAUUGAGCCGAGGUGAAGAAGCCUAAACACGCCUAAUUGCGGAGGCUCGACACGAACGACUGACGGAUACUUCCUGCUGUACACAUGGUAGCAUGAGACGGAGGUUACAACCAACACAAGUGGCUCAGGUAGUGCAGCUCAUCCAGGAUGGCACAUCAAUGUGAGCUGUAGCAAGAAGGUUUCCUGUGUCUGUCAGUGUAGUGUCCAGAGCAUGGAGGCGCUACCAGGAGACAGGCCAGUACAUCAGGAGACGUGGAGGAGGCUGCAGGAGGGCAACAACCCAGCAGCAGGACCGAAAAAAAUGUGAUUUUGUUGUAGGCACAUUUAACUAUGGAAAGAACAAAGUAUUUAUUAAAAAUAUUUCAUUCAUUCAGAUCUACAACGUGUUACUUUAGUGUUCCCUUUAUUUUUUUGAGCAGUGUAGAUUUCAUCAUUUAUUUCUGGUUCUGACUUCGGUUCUGUUCUGGAGUCUAAGAACCGUGGUGCUUUCCUGCGUACCAGCCUGCAGUCAUACCAGAUUAAGUGGAAGAACCCCGUAUUUCUUGGUUCUCUUGAGGACCGUUCACAGGUGGGUUUGGGGACCGGAAGCGACACAGGGCCCUGCUCACUGUAACCAGCAGCAUCCUUACUGGAUCCUUUAAAGAGUUUAUCUUUAACAGAUCAAAGAAUUUAACUGGAGACUCUACUCAACCAUCCAAGCAUCCGUCCAUCGUCAGGUUGGAAUUGAGAUCAUUUGUGAUGUCGUGCUGUCAAAGUAGUGACACCAGCAAACAGAUCAAAGUUAAGCGGAUAAAAGGACAACAUUGGCAGUAACAGGCAACAAUACAUUAUGGUUUAUUGUCAAAACAUUCCAUUUUGAAACAAAGUCAGUUGGAAACCUUAUUGACACAGCUAGCAGUGGCUCUUUGACGGACAUAACUAUGGGUGCCUUCCUGGACAAACCCAGGACAGAGAAGCACAACUCGCACGGUGAAGGAAACGGCCUGCGCUAUGGUCUGACCUCCAUGCAGGGCUGGAGGGUGGAGAUGGAGGACGCUCACACCGCUGUGCUGGGACUUCCUGCUCCUAAUAUGACUGACUGGUCAUUUUUUGCUGUAUAUGACGGUCAUGCUGGUUCCAGGGUUGCCAACUAUUGUUCUACUCAUCUUCUGGAACACAUAAUGAGUGCCAGCCUUGGGGCCAGAGGAACUCAGGUCGGUUCAGACAGUUCCACUGGUGAACUCUCCGCACAAGCUCCUCCCUCAGUAGACACUGUGAAAACUGGGAUCAGGACGGGGUUUCUGAGGAUUGAUGAGCACAUGCGCAGCUUUUCAGACCUUCGGAAUGGCAUGGACCGUAGUGGCUCCACAGCAGUGGGCGUCCUCUUGUCACCUGACCACUUCUUCUUUAUUAACUGUGGUGAUUCUCGGGCCGUUCUUUACCGCAACUCACAGGUGUGCUUCUCCACACUUGACCACAAGCCUUGUAAUCCACGUGAGAGGGAGCGAAUCCAGAAUGCUGGAGGUUCUGUGAUGAUCCAGAGAGUUAAUGGCUCGUUGGCCGUUUCCAGGGCCUUGGGGGACUAUGACUACAAGUGUGUAGAAGGGAAGGGCCCCACGGAGCAGCUGGUCAGCCCUGAACCAGAAGUUUCCGACGUCGUUCGGGCCCCAGAACAAGAUCAGUUUGUGGUCUUGGCGUGCGAUGGGAUCUGGGAUGUCAUGUCCAACGAGGAGCUGUGUGACUUUGUGAAGUCCAGACUUGAGGUAACUGAUGACCUCGAAAGAGUCUGCAACGAAGUGGUGGAUACCUGUCUGCACAAGGGGAGUCGGGACAACAUGAGUGUCGUCUUGGUGUGUUUGCCCAACGCACCCAAAGUGUCAGAUGAUGCUGUGAGAAGAGACGCUGAUCUGAACAGAUAUCUGGAGUCUCGAGUGAAAGAGAUGCUGUCUCAGGCUGAUGAGGAUAGUUAUCCUGACCUGGGAACCGUGACAAGGACUCUCUCCGCUGACGCUCAUAUGCUCCCUCUGCCUCCUGGUGGAGGCCUUUAUAGCAAGCACAGUUUUAUCGAAGCGGUCUACAACCAUCUGAUCCCCUACAGGGAGGAGGAUGGGAACGGAGCUGAUGUAGAGUAUCACUGGUAGCCGUCCACGCCACUGCCUGACCAAAAAAAAAAAAAAUCAAAGGACCACACCAGAUCUCAUCCACAGCCCCCUUUCAUUCCUUCUGGGAUUAUUUUAAUGUCAUUGUUUUUGCACUGAGCGAUGAAUUCAAGUAGAAAUCCAGGUUCAAUAAAUCCAACCAUAAACCCGACCAGGACGACGGUCGUCGUGGUUGUUGUCGUCGUCGUCGUCGUUCUGUUUUAGAUUUGGACACAGCCCAGCGUUUUGAAUUAAGCUAAAGAAAAUAAGCACGGUUUUGGUGCCACUUCGGUUUCUUUGUAGUUGUUGAGUUGACGGAGCAGUCAGCGGUGCCUUGCUCAGAACUUUGGAACUCUCCAGGCAGCAGCGAACCAGCAGCCACGCUGGUUCAUGUCUGCAGCUGAAUAACAACCAGGAACCAGGAACCAGCUCAGCUCACAGCAGAACAUUUGAACCCUCCCAAAGACGUGUGACUACUUCCUCUGACUCGGCACCAAAGAGUUCCAUCGCUCGCCCCCAGGCUGAGGAGUGAGCAGGAGAAGGAGGCCACCUGCAGGACUCUCUGAUGUCUUUAUCUCUGUCACGUCAGCUUUCACUCUCUGUCCAUCACUGACCCCAGACCUGUUCACCUGCAGCUUCUGUCCAAGGAACCGAUGUAGGAGAGAGUGGAGGCUGUGGUACUGUUCAAGUUAGAUGUGAAAUGUAAACCAUCCUCACCACUGAAAUAAACGUUGAAACAACA